AUGUUUUUCCUUUUGCAGCCAGCUCUCCCAUCGACAACCGACCGCACGACGAGGAACCCCUCGGCCAGCUCUCCCAUCGACGACCGACCGCACGACGAGGAACCCCUCGGCCAGCUCUCCCAUCGACAACCGACCACACGACGAGCUCUCCCAUCGCCGACCAACCCCACGACGAGGAACCCCUCGGCCAGCUCUCCCAUUGACGACCACACAACGAGGAACCCCUCGGCCAGCCCUUCCAUCUACCACCAAUCACCCAACAAGGUGAGACCUGUGAUCGGCCUCUCUCAAAGCCCCUCUGCAGCUCAAAACUUCAUCUCUGUUUCAGCAGGUAGCAAACACACACCCACCCCUCUUCACAAUCAUGCUUUCACUUGA